UGCUGAGGUGUAAUUCUAUAUCCAUUCAAUUAUGGUUUCACUAAAAGCCAAAGAAAUAUUUUGUACUGUUUACUCUGGUCUUUUAUUUGUAUCUGGUUUAAUACUCAUAGGCUGUUCUGCAUAUUUUUUAUUUAAACUUUUUUACCAUUACACUUUCAUUCCAUCCAGUAGUAUUGGACCAUUCUUUACUAUAUUUGUUUUGGGUAUUGUCCAUUUAUUUCUCACUUGGUUAGGAGUUAAAGGACCUCCAAGGGAACAUAACUUUCACAUUAUUCUGUUUAUGGUGUUUACAAUAAUUUUAUUGGUGUCAGAAUUUGCAGUUGGAAUUUGGUCAGUUAUAUUAUGGGAUGAGGUUGAAAUAGGAUCGAUCGAUUUAAUGACUAAAUCUUUUCAAAAUUAUGAUAAAAAAAUAAAAUAUUGGAAUAAAUUACAACAUCAGUUACAGUGCUGCGGUAUGAUUGGCACAGGAGAUUAUAAUAAUCAAACAAUUCCGUCUUCCUGCUAUUUAGAUUCACAAAAAAUAAAUUUGGCUACAGUUGGAUGUAGAUUACCAUUAAUACGGUAUACAAAAAGGAUACUUAUUGAUGGUGUUAUUAUUGGAUUUGUUUGUGCAGCAUUUCAGGGUUUAGGCUUCUUUGCGUUUUAUUCAUUUUUCAAAACAUUAAGAGUGGAGAGGACUGAGAGAGCUGCUAGAAGGGCGGCGAUGCAGAGAGAGAUGUCAGUUGCUAGCGGGGGUAUACAGACUCAAGUGUAUAUACCUGUAGGAUCGGCACCUCCGCCGUCAGGUGCCGCUUCUGGUGGUGAACCUGCUUCAGUUGCUGCACCUAGUGAGGGAGAUAAGGGCCCAUCUACACCGCCAUUCAAGUUUCUUCAGAAUGUGCUGAGCUAUUAUUGAUCUUAAAAGUUCAGAUGAAAUUCUGGAAGAAUCACCGCUUUCCACUUGGAAAAAAGUAUUAUAAGAAGUCAAACCACAAUAAACCACUGGUUUUUACCACACUAAUUGUAACAACUGUUUUUACCAGAAUAAUUAUAAGUUUUACUGUUGCUUUCCGGUUGGAUAAACUAGUGUCAUUGGCAUAUUGAGACUUUUUUAAAAGAAUUUUGUUCUUGCAAGAAUGAUCUGUGAGCCAUAUUGGGCUCUGGAUACCAAAGAGAUAUAUUUAACUUGUUCUGCACAACGUUUUUUAAAUUAAGUCUCGAUAUAUUGCUUAUUUUGUAUGGAGACAUAGAUCUGAUUUUAUCUAUGUAUUAAUAUGUGCCUUGUUAAAUAUAUGUGAUACUUUAGAACCUCACUUUUGUAUAAUUACAUUUUUUUUCUUUAAAUAUCACGUUUUAAGACUUACUAGACUUAUAACUAGAUAAUUAUUUUUUGUACAAUUUAGAUUGUAUUUUCACUUUGUUUUUUUACAACGUUUUUUAUACAUUUAUGUAUUUGAUAUAUUUUUUUUGCGAAAUACAAGGAUAUUUUUAGUAGAACUCAGUGAGAUUGAUAGUUUUUCAGUUAUAAAUAGAUGGAUUUGAUAUAUAGGAAUUAUUGGCAGGCCAGUAGUUAAAAAUUAGUAACUCUAUUAUUGAAAAUCCUAAAUUUAAAAACUUUUGAGACGAAACUCGUUGGAGAUUUUACUAGAAAAGUAUCUAAUGUGUAUUUCAUUUUACGCACAUGACAAAAGUUUUGAAUAAAGUUUUUUUCAAAAAUUUA